AUGUCUGAGGGAGGUGUGGCAGUAGUGGUAGUGGUGGGAAGCUACAUGCCUGCCACCAAGAAGCAGAAGCUGAGCAGCAACUGGAACAGCAACCUGAACCUGUCCUGGGACAAGAAUUAUGAUGCUGUCCGUGUAGAAGGUGAUACAAGUUCAGAAUGCCCCGAUACACAUACCAUUACCAUGAAUGCACCUGGAAGGUAAAGCUGGGGGAAAGAAUGGAAGUCAAAGAAGUGUAAAUACUCCUUCAAGUGUGUGAAUAGUCUCAAGGAAGGUCACAGCCAGCCACUGUUUGAGGUUCAGUUUAACUGGCGCAGUAAAGGUGGGGAUCCAUUAGUGUUCACAACAGUAUGUAGCAAAAGAGAGCUGUGCUUUGGGUGCAUGCAUCGUGUCAAGGCCAAUAGCCUGCUGUACUGCCGGGAGGAAACAUAAAAAAAGGAUCCAGAGACCGAGCAGAUUCUAUGGAGAUAGCUGAUAACGAAAGACAAGGACACUGUGUUCAAGAACCAGUUUAUAUAAAUGCACUGGGGAGGGGUUUGGAGCAUGAAGGAGGGUUUACUCUACUCUGUUGCAUGAGUGCAGGGAAGAA